AUGGGCAGCAGCCUGUCGCUGGCCGUGCCCCCCGGCCCCCUCAGCUUUGAAGCGCUGCUCGCCCAGGUGGGGGCGCUGGGCGGCGGCCAGCAGCUGCAGCUCGGCCUCUGCUGCCUGCCCGUGCUCUUCGUGGCGCUGGGCAUGGCCUCGGACCCCAUCUUCACCCUGGCGCCCCCACUGCACUGCCACUACGGAGGCUUCGCCCCCAACGCCUCCGGCUGGGAGCAGCCCCCUAACGCCAGCGGCGUCAGCGUCGCCAGCGCGGCCCUAGCAGCCAGCGCCGCCAGCCGCGUCGCCACCAGUACGGACCCCUCGUGCAGCGGCUUUGCCCCGCCGGACUUCAACCAUUGUCUCAAGGACUGGGACUAUAACGGUCUGCCGGUGCUCACCACCAACGCCAUUGGCCAGUGGGAUCUAGUGUGUGACCUGGGCUGGCAGGUGAUCCUGGAGCAGAUCCUUUUCAUCUUGGGCUUUGCCUCUGGCUACCUGUUCCUGGGCUACCCGGCGGACAGGUUUGGCCGUCGUGGGAUUGUGCUGCUGACCUUGGGGUUGGUGGGCCCCUGCGGAGUGGGAGGGGCUGCCGCAGGCUCCUCCACAGGUGUCAUGGCCCUCCGAUUCCUCCUGGGCUUUCUGCUUGCCGGAGUUGACCUUGGUGUCUACCUAAUGCGCCUGGAACUGUGCGACCCAACCCAGAGGCUUCGGGUGGCCCUGGCAGGGGAGUUGGUGGGGGUGGGGGGGCACUUCCUGUUCCUGGGCCUGGCCCUUGUCUCUAAGGACUGGCGAUUUCUUCAGCGAAUGAUCACCGCUCCCUGCAUCCUCUUCCUGUUUUAUGGCUGGCCUGGUUUGUUUCUGGAGUCUGCGAGGUGGCUAAUAGUGAAGCGACAGAUUGAGGAGGCGCAAUCCGUGCUGAGGAUCCUGGCUGAGCGGAACCGGCCCCAUGGGCAGAUGCUGGGAGAGGAGGCCCAGGAGGCCCUGCAGGACCUGGAGAACACCUGCCCUCUCCCUGCAACAUCCUCCUUUUCCUUCGCCUCCCUCCUCAACUACCGCAACAUCUGGAAAAAUCUGCUUAUCCUGGGCUUCACCAACUUUAUUGCCCAUGCCAUUCGCCACUGCUACCAGCCUGUGGGAGGAGGAGGGAGCCCAUCGGACUUCUACCUGUGCUCUCUGCUGGCCAGUGGCACAGCAGCCCUGGCUUGCGUCUUCCUGGGGGUUACCGUGGACCGAUUUGGCCGCCGGGGCAUCCUGCUACUCUCAAUGACCCUCACUGGCAUUGCGUCCCUGGUCCUGCUGGGCCUGUGGGAUUGUGAGCAUCUUCCCUUCCCCACAGUGUGGGCUGAGCAAAGGAACCCCAGCAGAGAUCUGAAUGAGGCUGCCAUCACCACUUUCUCUGUCCUUGGCCUCUUCUCCUCCCAAGCUGCUGGCAUCCUCAGCACCCUCCUCGCUGCUGAAGUCAUCCCUACCACUGUCCGGGGCCGAGGCCUGGGCCUGAUCAUGGCACUGGGAGCUCUUGGAGGGCUGAGUGGCCCAGCCCAGCGCCUCCACAUGGGCCACGGAGCCUUCCUGCAACAUGUGGUGCUGGCGGCCUGUGCCCUCCUCUGCAUCCUCAGCAUCAUGCUUCUGCCGGAGACCAAGCGCAAACUCCUGCCCGAAGUGCUGCGGGAUGGGGAGCUGUGCCGCCGGCCUUCCCUGCUGCGGCAGCCACCCCCUAACCGCUGUGACCAUGUCCCACUGCUUGCCACCCCCAACCCUGCCCUCUGA